AUGGGCUCUCCUGUUAUCAAUUCUCGUAAACCAGAAUACGUUCAUAAGCGGUGUAGUCACUGUUCUACUGAGCUGGAAUUUCAAACACCAACUUCCUUUACAAAUGCUUCACCUCAAUACUCCGUUAAAUGUCAUUCUUGUCAAAAAAUUUCUCAGUUCUCACAGGAAACUCCUAUUAAUAAUAGUAAUGCUACUACUAAUAACAACAGUCCAAAUUCUAAUGGCUCUAAGAAGUCAAAAAGAGUAUAUGGAACAGCGAAAGAACCAUUAGAAACUGAACUUUAUGAUAUACUUGGUGUUAUUUUAUCAGACCCAAAAUUAAGAGAAAGAUAUAAUGAAUACGGAAGAAAUACUGAAGUUAUGCCAGAAGGCGGUUUUGUUAAUCCGGAAGAUUUCUUUAGACAGCAAUUUGGUGGAGAAAGGUUUGUUGAUAUAAUUGGAGAGAUAUCAAUUGGUCGUGAUAUGAAAGAAGUUUUACAGAAUGCAGCCACAGACGAUGUACCAAAUGAAGAACUUACAGAGGAGGAGAAAUCACGACGAGAAAGUUCCAAUUCCACGGCCAACUCGCAUGCCCUAGAUGAUGAACGAGAAAAGAUUAGACAACAACGCAUUGGAAAAUUAGUUUCAAAUCUAAUAGAAAAAUUAGCAACAUACGUGGGUGAAAAUGGUAAGAUUGGGUUGGAUCCAAAGGCAUUCAAGGAAAGAGUCGAGUAUGAGGCAGAAGAAUUAAAAACUGAAUCAUAUGGCGUGGAACUUUUACAUGCAAUCGGAUUCACCUAUUCACUUAAGGCAAAACAAUAUUUGGCUGGUGAACAAAUUCUUGGUUUACCAAGACUUGGUCAUAUUCUAAGAGAAAAAGGUCAUGUAUUUUCAGAAACUAUUUCGACAUUAAAAUCUGCCUUAGAUUUACAACAAUCCUUUAGCCAAUUACAAAAGGCAGAAGAAGCAGGUGUAGGGUCUAAACUUGAAGUUGAAAGUGUAUUACGGGAAGUGUGUGAUCGUGUUUUGUCUGAUCCUGCUAUACCAAAGGAAAUUUUAGUUAAACGUGCUGAAGGAUUAAAGAUAAUAGGUGCAGUUUAUGAAAAUGUUAAAAGCGAGUAA